UUGAACGGACUGGGUUACGGUUAACGCCGCUGACGUAUGGGAGUGAGAGGGCUCAGGCGGCGGGGCUGCUGGUCGCACAACAACUGCCCCAGUCGGCCCGGGGACGGGGGAACAGCGGCAGCGGCAGCGGCGUGGCCGUAGGGAGAGUGUGGGCGCAGCUGGGACACGAGGUACCGAGGAGGGCCCCGCACCGAGCCUGGGCCGGGCUCUGUUGCCGCCAGCAACGUUCACGCUUCCGGAAGGGAAAACCGUCUGCUCUGGGACCGCCCGGCUUGAUCCCACGUUUCUAUGUGAUCGCCCCCACUCCCCAUUCUCCAAAACUAACCUUAAAAUCCGAGGAUGAUGUUUCAGAGCUCUCCCGACGAUGCUGCCGGGAACCGGGAGAACGUGAUGCCCCCGGGGCUAAAACGCGCAAUUUGGGAGGAACCGGAGCAAGAAGGCCGCGAGCGAAACCUCCGCAAAACGAUGGCCGAGGGCGGCAGGAAGGUGCUCGGGGUGCUGCAGAACAACCAGGCUUUGCAGCCUCACCCCAAGUCUGUUUCAACAUCGGGAUUUUGCUGCGGCAAAGAAAAUUCUGGCCCAGUACUCACAGGAAAAGUACCAACCAAACCAACAUUCACUAUCCACGUGGAUGAACCUGAUGAUGCCCCACUUCAAAGUGCGAACAGCACUGCAGGGAUUUCUGCAGGUUUGGUGCUAACUUCAACAGUGCUCUCUUUGGAAAGUUACCAGCCAUUGCCUUCCAUUAAGUCCAUCACAGAUGUUAGCUUCGACUCUCCAAUGGAUAUGUCAAUAUCUUCAUGUGGUGAAGCAAAACAAGUAAAUCCUAAUGAAUUAUCUGAAUAUGCAGAUGAUAUACAUAAAUACCUAAGAGAAAUGGAGUUGAAAUGCAGACCCAAAGUUGGCUACAUGAAGAAACAACCUGAUAUAACCAACAAUAUGAGAGCUAUUCUUGUUGACUGGUUGGUUGAAGUUGGAGAAGAAUACAAAUUACAGAAUGAAACACUGUAUUUAGCUGUAAACUACAUCGACAGAUUUUUGUCAUCCAUGUCAGUCCUUAGAGGAAAACUCCAGCUUGUCGGAACAGCCGCCAUGCUGUUGGCUUCAAAAUUUGAAGAAAUAUAUCCACCUGAAGUAGCUGAAUUUGUUUACAUAACUGAUGAUACCUACACAAAGAAACAAGUUCUACGGAUGGAACAUCUCAUUCUUAAAGUUUUAUCAUUUGACUUGGCAGCACCAACAAUAAACCAAUUCCUUGUUCAAUAUGUUGGCCGUGAGAAGGCGAGCAGUAAAGUUGAGAGUCUCUGUAUGUACCUGGGAGAACUAAGCUUGAUCGAUUCUGAACCAUUUCUGAAAUAUCCACCUUCUGUCCUUGCUGCGUCAGCUUUUUGUUUAGCCAACUAUAUGAUAUCACAGACUGGCUGGCCUAGGUCAUUGGCUCAGUUAACUGGGUAUGUCUUGGAAACCUUAAAGCCAUGUGUGACAGACCUUUAUCAAAACUACCUCAAAGCACCAGAACAUGCACAGCAAGCAGUAAGAGAGAAAUACAAGAGCUCUAAGUAUCACUCUGUGUCAGUCAUUGAUCCUCCACUAUCUUUGAACCUGCUAUUUUCACAGUGAUGCAUCAUCGUUGCCUAGUGUUUAUAUUACAUACAUUUGUAAAAUCUGGAGACCUUUUUGUACAGCAUAGUAUUUUUGAGGACAAAUGUGGGAUUUCAACUUGCCACUACAUCUUUUAGCACUGGAUAACUGCAAUCUACACCAUUAGUAAUUUUGAUGACUUGUGUAUGCUUUAAGCAUUGUUUUAUACUUGUAUAUUUUAUGAAUUAUGAACAUAUGUGCAAUCCCAUUGUGUACAUCUUUUAUAUUUAGAGCUAAAAUAACCAAACCCAGAUUAGCAAAUAGGGCAAGUAUUUUUUCUUGAUUCACGGGAACUAUGUGCAUUCAAUUUUUUAUGGUGUAUUAGGUAUUUUGAAACAAUGGCAUCUUGAUUUUUUAAUAAUCUUGACUGGUUUUGUUAACUAAUAGGGGAAUUAAACAUGUUAAGCAACUUGAAUAAAGCCAGAAUGACCCAGUACAUCUAUUUUAGUAGGGGAAAGGCUCAUGAAUGAGUUAUAGUAACUUGAAAAAUCAAAAGCCUGUUGUAAUAUGAUCAAUAUUAUGUCAAAAUUGUAUCUUCACUAGUUAAACCAAGUAUCAACAAGCUCUAGUUGAGGAUUAGCUACUUAGUGCUAAUGGUUCCAUUUCCUGCUACUAUCAUGUGGGAUAAAAAUUCUUGAAGUGCAGCUAUAUGUGAAUAUUUUGUAAUUCAUAAGGAUAUUAAAUCUAAUUCUCUAGAACAGAAUGUUGCCUUCAUCAGUAAUUUGCCUUUCGGAAUACUGCCUUCUAUGUGAUUAGCAUUCUAGCUUUUUUAUUUUAUUGUCUUCUGAGCUUAAAGCAUUGAUUUUGUUUUUCCAUUUCUAGUAUGACAAAAGUAAUGGGAUUUUGCUUCUAACUGAACAAUUGACACCACAACACAACCAUAGCAUUUUUUAAGGAGCCCUUCAAUACUCUUUUGUUGGAAUGCCUGUACUAAAUAUGUUCAAUUACCUUUAAGUACUUUGGGAGAGAGAAAAGUGAGUCCAGCUACCAUGUCUAUUUGAAUAGCUUCCUUGUGUGAAUUAUGGAACAUGUAGUAAAUAAAUACAUUGGUUCUAAUGUCUGGUUUGAAUAGUGCUAGAUACCAGGAUUCUUAAAGCGUUACAUAAAAAAAAACAUGUAUUUCUGCAGAAAUGUAGACAAAAGGUGUGCAGAGAGGAUUGUGAGCCAGCAUGGGGGAGGCUUAGUGAUUGAUGAUAUACUAGUGACAAAUGUGUGAAUUUGGUUGCAUCGUAAGUUGGUUGAAAGAAGCAGAGGCAAGUUGGGUAGCGGGGAAGUAGAAUAAAGAGAGAUCAGGAAAUACAGAUUAAUUUACUUGAGUGUUGGGGGGGGAGAGAACUAAAUGUUGCAUUUGGCAAUUGAUAGACAAUACAUAUAUUGAGCUUCAUCAUUUUUCUGCAAAGGGAAUGAUACUGGUUGGGAUGUUAGCAGUAGAGUUCAAAAUUGUUAACUAUUGUAGCAAUUUUUCAAUUUGUGUGUUUUGUUUAAAUACAUAUUUGAGUGCACAAAUAGCUUCCAAUUUCAACAUCAAGUUUUACACACAUUUAAAAUGAUGUAAGCCUUUUCCCCACAUUGCAAUCCAGAACCUAUCCAUAUAUUCCUUUUGGCAAAAUUUGGUAUAUCUUAUGUGACACUCAUUAUUUUAAAGUAGUUUAAGUAAAAUUCAAUUAUUAUACUGAAACCAUUUCCAGAGUCAUUCUGAGUAGCAGCUCCUUUUCACUGUGAUGGAAGUCUCCUUUUAAUACCUUAAUUCCCCACCCUUCAAAUCCUUCAGUUUAACUUGUCUUGAUUGCCUGGUCUGAAUAUGUCUUGCACUUUUUUCAUUGGCAGUAAAUGUUAAUUACUUGUACACCAGCCCAUAAUCAGGCUGCUUAUACACAUGGCACUUGUUUCAAACCGCAUUGUCUGAACAGACUUCCUUUCAUGUUCUUGCUCUGCACUAAAUAUUUGCCACUAAUUCCCUUGCUUCUGGAGAAGCACAAUUAUUUUUUUUUGUUUAACGCAAACU